UGAGCGCGCGCGAGUACCUUUGUGGGUGUUGGGAUGCUGUGGGCCUCGGGGUCCGGGCUUGAGUGCGCUGUGGGGAGUUAUGGGGCUUAUGAGGGAGAGGGUGAAAGUGGGUGACGGACUGCUGAGGGGAGAGCAGCGGGAGAACAGAAAGACCUGGAGGGGGAGACGGGCGGACACCUGAGCGCCAAGGUACCUUUAGUGAGCCUUAAUGAAUUAUGGGGGACUUCCCUGGCGGUCCAGCGGUUAGGACUCCCCGCUUCCACUGCAGGGGGCGCGGGUUUGAUCCCUGGUAGGGGAACUAAGAUCCAGCAAGUCGCGCCCAGCGGCCAAAAAAAAAAAAAAAAAAAUUGUACAAAGAAGAGUCCAGUCAUAGCAGUAAAAUGACCAGAGGAAAAUGCAAUUACUUCACACGAGCAAGAGCAAAUUAGGGUGCAGAGAUGCUCAAGGAUGGAAGCCCAAUGCUGCCUGCACGUCCCUGAGCCUGUGGAUGGCCGGGCCCUGUCUCCGCAGCCUCGGGGCCUAGCUUUCUCCUGUCGUGCAGUGUUUACCCAUAGUCAGUAUCAAAAGUCCAAAAGAAUCUCCAUCUUUCUGAGCAUGCAAGAUGAAAUUGAGACAGAAGAGAUCAUCAAGGACAUUUUCCAACAAGGCAAAACCUGCUUUAUCCCACGGUACCAGUUCCAGAGCAGUCACAUGGAUAUGGUGAAAUUAGCAUCUGUGGAGGAAAUCUCUUCACUUCCCAAGACAUCCUGGAAUAUUCAUCAGCCUGGUGAGGACGAGGUUCGGGAGGAGGCCUUGUCAACAGGGGGACUUGAUCUCAUCUUCAUGCCAGGUCUUGGGUUUGACAAACACGGGAACCGUUUGGGGCGGGGCAAGGGCUACUACGACGCCUACCUGAAGCGCUGUCUGCAGUCCCAGGAUGUGAAGCCCUACACCCUGGCCUUGGCUUUCAAAGAGCAGAUUUGCCUCCAGGUCCCGGUGGAUGAAAAUGACAUGAAGGUAGAUGAAGUGCUUUACGAAGACUCCUCAACGUCUUAAGUCCUGGUGACCACAGCCAAAUAAUCAGUGUUUUGUGCCAGAGAAAAGCCGAACAUGUGUAUUUUCCCUUGUCAGAAGUUAGUGGAUGUUGCACAGUAAUGUGAAUAUGGGCUGUAUUGUUUUCAGUGCGAUUGUGAGAUACCUAACAUGAAACCAUUUUUAAAAAUCAAUAGCAGUGUGUGUAAUAGAACAUUAAUUAAAACGGAGGCUAUCACUAUGUGAUUUUUAGCUUAACUUUCUGGUAUUAAUGUCCCAGGUUGAUCUUUCUGCUUUACAAUUUAAGUUAAAUAUUGGCUUGGCCAAAAAGUUCAAUCAGGUUUUUCCUGUGACA